AACCAGUCGUACACAGGUAGAUUCUCUCCUGCGACUAGCUUGUUGUGUUGCUCGCGUGGAGUUGGAAGAGAAAGAUUUUAGAAGCUUCACUUCCCAGUGGAUUAAAUACAAAAAGGACAACAGAGAAUUUACGGGGUUGUGACACCCAGAGAGGACUUUUCCAGUAUUUCUUAGAGGACUUUAGUCAGGAAGUCGUCAGCCUGCCUGGACCUUUCAUGCCGUCAUGGGUCGCUUGUCACAGGGCGUGUUUGGUUGAGAAAUCGCUGCCAACAGCUCACAUACUCACCUACUGUUAAUGAACGGCAGCCGAUGGACCCGGACACCCAAUGGCUGUACCAGCUCCUGGCAGACGUGCAGCUGGAGAAGUUCUACCUGCGCGUCAGAGACGGCCUCAACAUCACACGGCUCGAGCACUUCGCCUACGUCAAAGAGGCCGACCUGGAGCAGAUCGGCAUCAGCAAACCCGCACAAAGACGAUUAUGGGAUGCACUAAAACGCCACAAGACCUCACAAAGCUCGCGAUCGUGGAUGCCAAAGGGGUCGAGCAGCCGAUGUCUAGAUGGAGGGGAGCAGUGGAGCAGCGGUGGUCCCGCCCAGAACCAGGAAGGCAGCAGCCGGGCCCUGCCCAGUUUAAUCCAGGAUAGUGAGCUGGUUCUGGGGGAGAAAUUGGGCUCCGGGUCCUUUGGUGUGGUGAAAAGGGGACAGUGGCAUACCCCCACCGGACGAGUCCUUCCUGUAGCGGUAAAGUCCCUACGGAGCAGCAUGUGCAAGCAAACGGAAACGCUAACAGACUUCCUGCUGGAAGUGACCACCAUGCAGUCGCUGGACCACCCCCACAUCAUACGACUGUACGGUGUGGUGCUCACGCAGCCCCUCAAAAUGGUAACAGAGCUAGCCCCUCAGGGUUCCCUGUACGACAUGCUACGCUUGCGUCAGUUUGAGUACCCGCUGGUGCGCUUGUGGCUCUUUGCCACCCAAAUCGCGGCAGGUAUGGACUACCUGGAGACCCGCCGCUUUAUCCAUAGGGACCUGGCGGCUAGGAAUGUUCUGCUGGCUUCCAAAGAGAUUAUCAAGAUUGGGGAUUUUGGCCUGAUGAGGGGCCUGAGUCAAGAUGCAGACCACUAUGUCAUGUCAGCGCAUAGGCGGAUCCCAUUCGCAUGGUGCGCUCCUGAGAGUCUCCGUGUGGGCUCCUUCUCUCAUUCCUCUGAUGUGUGGAUGUUUGGUGUGACCCUGUGGGAGAUGUUCACCUACUGUGAGGAGCCUUGGUUCGGUCUGUCAGGAAAACAAAUCCUGUGGCGUGUGGAACGGGAGGGGGAGCGCUUGCAGAAACCACCGGAUUGUCCCCAAGAGAUGUAUGGCAUCAUGAGGAAGUGCUGGCCGUGCAACCCAGCGGAGCGGCCCACUUUUGCUCAUCUUAUUACCAUGGUGGCAGAGGCUAAACCGAUGGAAGUCCAAGCGACAAGGGAGUUCUCAGAACCCAGGAAACUUGCGCUUCUGCCCCAUGACCUUGUGACCGUUGUAGAACACGGCCUGGAGCUCAGCGAGUGGCGGGGCCAGAACCAGAGAACACUAAAUGUCGGAUGGUUCCCCCCGAGCAUCAUUGUACCGCCGACACCUGCGGCUUCUGCUGUCGGCGCCCCCGCUACCUCCUCCAAUAACCCAGCACCUGUGAACUACAUCUCCCCUCCACUGAAUGGUAGUCUGCACCACACCGCGCACGGGGACAUCCAUCCGGAUCGUAGCUGGGGAACACCUGAGACCUUGGAAGACACCGGGGGCAGCUUCAGGCAAGGCACUCCCAGGGAGAAGGAGGGAUCAAAUCUCCAGAAAAUGUCAGGAUUUUCCCGAAGCCUGGAGUCUGUCUUAAGCGGCCACCAGUCGCAGUCCCACCCGGUAGGUCCGACCAAAGCCGACCACCGGGGCCGACCCCAAGUGGCGGCAGCCCGAAGCGUGGUGGUGCAGCAGGACCCCCGCCGCUUCAGUGAAGCCAGCAUCCAACCUCCUCCCCGACCGCCGCCCCCCAAUUUCAAGCGUUUCAACUGGAAGGCACAGAGGCGACCAACAGUCCACCCCACGUCCGUCUCGGGCUCCUCUUGGCCUCCUCAGGUGGUGCUGGCCGCCCCUUCCUCUUCUUCAGCGCCGCUGCCUGUACCUCAUUACCCACCCCCUCCUCCCAUUGGAAGCACCAACUUGGCCAAAAUGUCCCACAUGGCGCGGUCCACCCCUCAGCUGGACGACGUUGUGGACAGCAGAGAGCGGGUCAGAGAGAGGGAGAAGCCGUCGUACGGCCAGUAUACCCGCGACACGCUCAUCUCGCAGGUGAUGGACGCCGUUCAUGGAGUGACCAUUGAUGAAGUUCGAAAUGCGCUCCAACGUACUGAAUGGAACCCGCUGCGAGCUGAACAGCACCUCAAGUUGGAGCAGCUGUACUCGCUGAGUCUUUGCUCCAGGGAGGACUGCCUGAGGAUCCUCUCCAGGUACCAGUGGAACCUCCAGCUGGCCAGCCGCUACCUGAUCCGAUGGUCACGAGAAGACCGCUCCGCUUCCGGAGAGAGGGAUCGAACCACAGUUAUCUUGGAGAAACGAGUGUAAAAAGCAGUCAAAGAAGCUGGUGCCACUGAAGGAAAACAACAUGAAGAUGGACCAGGACAAUAUUAUGGGACACCACUUGUGACUUUACAUUGACUCGCUACAUUUGAUGUCGUACUAGUUGUAAAUAUUGUUUAAUAAAUUCAUCUGCUCCA